AUGCCUCCAGAAAGCGAUGCAACGAGCAGGACACCCAAUGCUGACCCGAAUACCGACGGAAGCAACAAUGGACGUUCGACAUUUGUCGACAUUCCCCUCCAGCCGGGUUCACAACCCUCGUCGACGCACGAAAGGGCUGGUCCUCGCAUAGAGAAAUGGAGUCUUGGCAUCCUCAAUGACACCAGAACUGAAGAAGUCCCUGGAACCGUCCUACUGCUCGCAUCUAAGAAAAAUGAGCCGCUUGGCAUGCGCCGAGAGUCCCCUGACGGACGUCGUCAAUCUUCCAUGCCUCCUCAAGACUAUCAGCCUGCCCAAAGACAGCCGACCCAGGAGGAAAAGAAGCGGACAGCGAAUGGAGAGAUAAUCCUGGAUCCCCAACCAGAUGACUCGCUCAAUGACCCUCUCAAUUGGCCUAUGUGGCGACGAGAUGCAGCGUUGUUCAGCCUAGGAUUCUACUGCAUGGUUGGCGGCGGCAUGACACCUAUCCUUGCCGCGGGUUUCAACGCGGUUGCAGAGACCUACGACGUGACCUAUUCGCGAGUGGCUCUGACCACAGGCCUGUACAUGAUGGGUCUGGGGGUGGGCUCCGUUGUCAUGUCCCCGACAGCCAUCUUGUGGGGCAAACGACCAGUCUACAUUUUCUCUUCGAUCCUCUUUCUCCUGACCUCCAUUUGGUGUGCGUUGUCCCCCAACUUUGCCAGUCUAGCGACAGCGAGAGUUUUCCAGGGUAUCGCAGUCAGCCCCGUUGAGUGCUUACCUUCUGCUACCAUCGCCGAGAUCUUCUUCCUACACGAGCGAGCUUACCGCGUGGGUAUCUACGGUCUUCUGCUGCUUGGAGGCAAGAACCUCAUACCCCUCGUUUCGGCUGUCAUCAUCCAAGCCAAAGACUGGCGCUGGGUUUUCUACGUCGUAGCAAUCGUUGUUGGUUGCUGCACCAUAAGCCUCUUCUUCUUUGUCCCUGAGACAUUCUGGGACCGAACUCCUCGACCCAAGUCUCGGAGUCGGAGACCGUCCUUCCAUCGCAGAAGCACCUCAAGGCUCGGCCGACCCCGUACAAGGUCUCAACCUCGGUCGGAGCAUGCGGAGGCUGAGGGACAAACAGCGCCCGACUCGCCGAUGACCGAACGACAGCAACGCCUUCACGAUGCCAACCUUCAUGCACACUUUGAGAGUCCGUCUCGGGAUAGCUCACGCCGACUCAAAGUUAAGCCAUCCGGUAUCAAGCUUCCACCGCCCGAAGCAGCUCCUGCACCAGCUGAGUAUGACUACGGCCAGCUUCCCCAUCUCCACAACAUGAACUCACCGUAUUACAGCAACAUCGAGAGCAAGGACUAUAUGUUGCAUCACGCACCGACAAUCGAGUCCCAGGCGCCAACUCAAAUCUCUCCUUCAGAUGGUUUCUCCACGCCAAAAGUCUCGGAGAAAGAGCCUGUACCUGAGCGUCCACAGUCCGCGCGCAGCGUACCACAGACUUCUGCAAUGAUGCGAUACACGACAGAUCUCAAGAAUUCGCCACCAAAGGGCUACAGGGAUACUCUGAAGCCAUGGAAUGGUCGCCUUGCUACGACCAAUUGGUUCCGGGCGGCCUUUCGGCCCUUCAUACUCUUCGCCUAUCCAUCAGUUCUCUGGUCUGCUCUGGUCUACUCUUUGUCUGUUGGCUGGCUCAUCGUCCUCUCGGAAUCAGUUUCGCAUGUCUAUGCGAAUCGCAGCUCCUACAACUUCACCUCUUUGCAGGUUGGUUUGGUCUACCUAGCGCCCUUCAUCGGCGGCAUUGGAGGCACCGCAAUCGCUGGCAAGGGGUCCGAUAUUGUGGUGCGAUACCUCUCCCGGCGCAACGGCGGGGUAUAUGAACCGGAGUUCCGCUUGUUGAUGGGCAUCCCAAUCGCAGUCACAACUGCAAUUGGCCUCAUGGGCUUUGGAUGGUCAGCCGAAGAGAAAGACAAAUGGAUUGUGCCGACAGUCUUUUUCGGAAUCAUUUCCUUUGGGUGCUCUCUUGGUGCCACCACGGCCAUUACCUUUUGCGUGGAUUCAUAUCGCCAGUUCGCCGGCGAAGCAUUGGUGACGUUGAACUUCAGCAAGAACAUCCUUCACGGUUUGGUCUUCAGCCUUUUCUUUCCCAAUUGGCUUGAACAUGAUGGAAGCAAGCAAGUGUUUCUGAUCAUUGGUGGAAUUCAGAUUGUGUGCCUGCUUUUCACGAUCCCAAUGUACAUUUUUGGCAAAAGAGCCAGAAUGUGGACAGUGCGACAAGGCUUUAUGACUCGAUUUUAG